GAAGUUGAUCYUUUUACGAGUUUUAUUUUGUAAACCGGAAGCUGCGCUUGUUUUGCUUAACAGCAUCCGGUUCUCGUCAUCCUGUUGGGAGACMAGAAAAAAAAGUUUUGAAGCCCCACCCCUCCUCGACGUUGAAGUGGUGCGAGGACCUGACCAGACGGCGCUGCCCGAGGAGAGGACGUGUUAUCAGAAGAAGUUCUUAUCAUGGAGUUGUUGUUAUUGCCGUGGUGCUGUUCGGACACCGAAGUGGACCGGACCGAGUGCUGCUGAACUCCCACCGGGAACGGAGCGGAGCUUUGUUUUUGAACUUCGGCGUGUUUCUCUUUUGGGAAAAGUCAAAGCGGAGUGGCGAGCAGGUUUGGAGAGCUCUUCCUGUUGACAGAGUCGGUGCUUUCUGCGACAAGUCGCGAUUAUUAAAAGCCCGCCUCACACCGACGAGCCUGAUGGAGACCGUCGCGCAAACACGGCUGCGGGAUUUCCAGCGGGGGCCGCCGCAAAGCAGCGUUCAGACGCAGUUAAUGGAUAUUUGGGUUUGAGAGUGCCAAGUGGUCAGCGCUUGAAACUUGUCGUAAAGCACUGGUUGGCUGAACUGAAUGCUCGUUUCCUGCUAUUCUUCUCCGCUUCUCGGCACUUCCUGCUUGUGGUGGCCAACUGCACUUAAUGGCUAAAAAUACAUAAAAACGCAACAUGGACAGCCAAAAGUUUGGGAAAUGUUGAUCUGGAGUGGCAACAGCGACAAAUUGGAGUGUUUUGUAUAUUAUUGUCCUGAAACUCUUAAUUUUUUUUUACGAGUAGAGCUCAACAGGUGUAGGUUUGAAUGAGAAAAAACGCAAAUUCAGCCAUAAUGAGGUGCUUCAAGACUUGAAAARAAAAGUUUGAUGAAAUAUGGUGCUUGCCUACCACACACCACAUCACCUAGAGAGAAACUGAAUGGAGUCUGUGCUGUCUUAAAGGCUGUCAGAAAAGCAAAGCUGCCCCCCCACCCUGAAAUGGAAAGUUUUCCAUUUAUUUUCAAGCCCAACGAAAGACACUUGGCUUUCGUUUGUCUCUGAACCCUUAGCCUACUUGUCGCUUUGACUUUUGAACACGUUUCAUGGGUUCCCGAUGAGCCAACAAGAAAGACAGGAAAGGGAGCGAGGUGCAAUAAAGUACUCCUUUGUACUUUAUUUUCUAACUCCUUUGGUGCUAGAUCAGGUCCAGUCAGAACACCUGCGCGAGGCUCCAUGGAGCCGCUGAAGAACAUAUUCAAUCGUGGCUCGCUGUCGAACUGGAAAAACUUGGAGCAGUCCCAGAAGGGGAACUUCACCAAUCCGGUGUGGACGGCCCUGUUCGACUACGAGGCUUCCUGUAAAGAUGAGCUCACCUUACGRAAAGGUGACCUGGUGGAGGUCCUCUCUCAGGACUCUGAGAUAUCAGGGGAUGAGGGCUGGUGGGCGGGUAAGGUCAACAACAAGGUGGGCAUCUUCCCAUCCAACUAUGGCUCCUUCAAGCCGAGUGGAUACGCAAAACUUCCAGGGAGCAGCGUAGUGGGCGAGCUGGACCACGACGUGGUCGGCGAUUUCGAACCAGAGGAGGUGGAUUUCCGGGAGCUGAGCUUGGAGGAGGUAAUCGGCGUUGGGGGCUUCGGCAAAGUGUACCGAGGCACAUGGAGGAACGAGCUGGUGGCCGUGAAGGCGGCUCGCCAAGACCCCGACGAGGACAUCAGCGUGACGGCGCAGAAUGUGAGGCAGGAGGCCCGUUUGUUCGCCAUGCUCACGCACCCCAACAUCAUCGCCUUGAAGGGCGUCUGUCUGCAGGAGCCCAACAUGUGCCUCAUCAUGGAGUACGCCUCGGGGGGGCCGCUGAGCCGGGCGCUGGCGGGCCGCCGCAUCCCGCCCCACGUCCUGGUCAACUGGGCCGUGCAGAUAGCCAGAGGGAUGUUGUACCUGCACAGCGAGGCCAUCGUUCCCGUCAUCCACCGGGACCUCAAGUCCAAUAACAUCCUUCUGGCUCAGCCCAUAGAGAACGAGUACAUGGAGGGUCUGACUCUGAAGAUCACUGAUUUUGGCCUGGCGAGGGAGUGGCACAAGACCACCAAGAUGAGCACAGCUGGCACGUACGCCUGGAUGGCCCCGGAGGUCAUCAAGUCUUCGACCUUUUCCAAGGGCAGCGACGUCUGGAGUUACGGCGUUCUGCUGUGGGAGCUGCUAACAGGAGAGGCCCCCUAUAGGGGCAUCGAUGGUCUUGCCGUUGCCUACGGAGUUGCUGUCAACAAGCUCACUCUGCCCAUCCCGUCCACGUGUCCUGAGCCGUUUGCACAGCUCAUGUCAGAAUGCUGGGACCAGGACCCCCAUCGAAGACCCAACUUUGACUCCAUCCUGGCCCAGCUGAGCGCCCUGGAGCAGCAGGUGAAGGAUGAGAUGCCUCAGGACUCCUUCCACUCCCUGCAGGAGGACUGGAAGCUGGAGAUCCAGGACAUGUUUGAUGAACUCCGGGCCAAAGAGAAAGAGCUGCGGUGCCGCGAGGAGGAGCUGAAGCGGGCCGCCCUGGAGCAGAAGUCCCAUGAGGAGUUCCUGCGGCAGCGCGAGCAGCAGCUGGCCCAGUGGGAGCAGGACGUGUUCGAGCGCGAGCUCAGCCUCCUCAUCCUCCACCUGAACCAGAACCAGGAGAAGCCCAACGUCAAGAAGAGGAAGGGCACGUUCAAGAAGCACAAGCUCAAGAGCAAGAACGGCGAGAAGAUCAGCAUGCCCCAAGAUUUCAUCCAUAAAAUUACAGUUCAGGCAUCCCCGGCUCUGGAAAAGAGGAGGAACUCCCCUGAUUUGGGUCCGGGCUCCUCGCCUUCCUUCGGCCCACGGUUUCGUGCAAUCCAACUCAGUCCCAGUGACAGAGGCAGGGCGUUUGGUCUCAGUCCAGUCCGGUCCAUAGAGACCCCCUCUCUCAAGCAAUCAAAUGGCGAGCUGAGGUUGAGUCCCCACUGGAGGCCCCAAAGCCCAAAGAGUCCUAAAAGCCCUAAAGUCCUGCGCCUCAGUCCCCAGGAAAGCAGCCUGUCGAUGAGGGCCAAGCUCCUGGAGUCAGACAGCAACGAGAACGGCGAGUCCAGGGAUGACUUUGAGGAGUACCGACCCUCCACGCCAACCCCAUCGGCUGCUCAGAACGGCUCCUCUGUAAAGGACAGUCUACGGCUUCCCCCCUCUCAGGGAGACUCGGGCAGUGAGGAAGGGGGCUACUCCCCCGCAAGCUCCCCGAUGUCUGAGCGGGGCUCUUUGGGCAGCAUGCUUAAAAACACCCACCGGGCUCUGCUAGGCACUGGCUCCAUCCUGGCUUCUAUAGGACUAGGCCGGGGUUUGGAGAUUCCCCCCAGGGUGCCGCCUCGAAACAACCUCCCUUCUUUAGAAGACCGCACCUCCUUCGAACUUGAGAUCUCCCACCCCAUGCCCCUAAUAACAGACCCCCCAACAGUAGACGACCUCAUCACCUUCUCCACCUCUGAGCCGCUCCCCAGACCACUUUUGGAAUUAGCCCUACAAUACCAGGAGCUGAAACCACAGCCUCUGACGCCGCCUCCACCCAACCCGAGAGAGAGGGCCGGACCCCGGACGCAGCAGACGUACACCAGCCCGCCGAGCCCCGGGAUGCAGCAGCAGCAAGACAGGGCCAGCCCUGGGGAAUGGACCGCCAGUUCUGGUUCCAGCAACGGGGAGCUGAGCUUUGAAGGUUUGGAACACAGAGUGGAGAGGAGGAGGAGGUCCAGCCAAGGCCUACUACAUGCUUCUCAGCUAGUUUUAGACCUGCCCUUGUGCCAAGACACCCAGGACUCKGAGGACAAGGCUUUGGUGCCCUACUAUCUCCACUCCAACCCUGCCCUCUGGAGCCCCAAAACCCGCCGUCUGGAGGUCAGCGUCAUUCCCCGGCCCCGGCCGUCUCCUGUCCGCCCCCGCAUCGACCCCUGGAGUUUCAUCUCAGCUGGAGGCGUGAACUCAGCCGGAGGCCGGAGCCCAGUCCGCACGGACAGCAACCUUCUGAGCUACCAUCCCUCGCCCACCAACCCCUUCACCAGCUGCGACCCUUUCCCCACCCCGGACUGCGACCCCUUUGCACUCAAGGCGGACCCCUCGAGCGGCUCGGACGCGGCCUCUCCCUUCGACCCCUUCUCGGCUCCGUUCCCCACCUCCCGCUCGGCGCCGUGCUCCGCCAACGGCUCCCCCACGCUYCCCUCGUUCCGCAUAGCUCCUAUCAGCUCAGCCGACUCGCCCCUCAUCGACCUGGACUGGGCGGCCUGCAGCAAGCCCCUCGAUGCAACCAAAGAGAGGGUCCACCCCCGCAGGACACUGGGGCUCAAACCCUUCAAGUCCCCYACCCAACUCAGAGAUGACAGGUUCUGAGUUUAACCUCAAUCGUGGAUAUUCACAACUGCAGAUAUAACCACAAGAGUACAGUUUGGGACUCUUUUUACUACUGUCUUAUUUCAUGACAAAGAUUUAGAAUCUAAAAAAAACAAGCCUACUGAGGGGGAUUGCCCCCAUGGGACCCCCGAUCAUCACAGGUGUUAUUUAUCCACCAGCCUGCUGCUUUGGAAAGCAGAAAGCCAGUGAAAGGUGGUACCGUGAAUUGUGGGAUUGCUGCCUGUGAACCAAUAGCUGGUGCCCAUUUCAACCUUGUCGCCUGCCUCUGUUACUGUUCCCCUUUGAAGGAGGAGAAUCCAGUUCACCAGACCUGUCUUCAGAUUCUAUCAGACUGCUCAUAUCCCCCGCUUUCAUCUCUGCCUUUGAAGCGAUGUGACAAUUCAGAGGUGGAUCAGGCGACUCUCGCAGCCCCGUCUGCCUCUACAGACUGAAAGCAUUCAGGACAAUAGAAACAAUCAGAGUGCCUUAUUUUGUGAAGUGUUUUUAAUAUAUCUUUUCAAGGUUCCUUAAUCUGGUMCAAAGGUAAGAUGCUAUGAAUCUGGCCCGAUUUUCCACAUCGUCUUACCGCAGUGCUGUAUAAAAAGUCUUCUGUGUGAGCGUUCCUCUGUCUCAGUCUUCAAAGAAACCUUUUUUUUUUUAACUCUGUAGCAUUUUGGGAGAAUCCACUCAGAGUGGAAAUUCUAGGCCCCUCAUGAAAUUCAAGACAGGCAUUCCUCAGAGAAGCAGAUAGCAUUCCAGUCACAUUCCUCUGAAAAUGCCGGGGAUUGAACAGAUUUAUUCGGCUGGCAGGUGACGCUACGCAGAAAAACAAGACGGGGAGCCCGCCGAUUUCCCUUCCUGUGCCAAAGAACGCCAAUGGGUAGGGGCGAGGACGAGGAAAUGUUUGCAGAUUAGUUUCUGCCUCGGUUCAGUGCCACAYAGUUGAAAUAAAUCUACUUUCCCAGCAGGAAUAGCCUCAACAUAUCCCCACAUCCUCACCUGUUUAAGCAAGGAUCAGCUAAAUCUUUUAUCAGUGUUGUAGUUAAAUCUUAUUUAAUAUUUUCCACAAUUUAACUGUUUGUUUAAGCUCYGAAAUCGGAGCAUACUCCAGACACUCUGAAUUUUUUUCCCUGAAUGAAUCCAGAAUUUAUGUUAAAAUGAAUUAGACCAGGAGUGAGAUAAGAGAAGGCUAAUUAAAACAAAGGGAUUUCUUUAUGAUUUCGACUGAACAGAAGCUGUGGUUCUGAGAACGAAAAAAAACAAAAACAGUCCAUCUAUCAGUGUUGCAGGUUUUAAAGAGAUGUUUUAGGUUUGGAGGUGAUAGGUCGAAGAGCUGAGGUGGGCGGGGUUUAAUUCAACUUAUUGUUGACACGCCGCCAAGUGACAGCACCGUAAUGGUCGACGUGAACAGAGACAUGUUGAAAAGGAUAAAAGAUAUUCUUAGUUUGUGUAACAAGUCUCCCAUAAUAAUUUUGUUAUUAUGCGUUUACAGGACACGAUAAAGGUUUAAUGGCGACAGUAUCAAGCUGAAGCAAUGCAAAUAAAAAUGGUAAAAACA